CCGAGUUUGAGGGUCGCCAUAAGUGGACCCAAAAGUUGCAAAAGUCAACAAAGGGUGUGUGGUCCAUGCAUAUCUUAUGAAGCAAACAACUUAAGAUGACGCUUUCUUCAAAAAGGGAUUCCUAUAUGGUUUUAGGGGUCAAAGAACGAUUUAGGGAGAAAGAAUGAGAGAAAUUCUAGUGUGUGUUGUCCAGAGAGAAAAUGAGGGGAAUGGAGAUAUUUUGAAUUCCUUAUUAGCUUAAAACUAUUCAGUGUGUGGAAAAUAUUUAGUUGCCUUAGAUUUGCUUGGUCUUUAAUUUUUUAAUAUACUAUUUUCUUGUUUAGGCCAUUUUGUAAUCUAUAUAUGAUGAGAUUAUUAUGAUAUGUGUAUGUGUCAGACAACUUUGGAGUUACUUAGAGAUUUGUUGAAGUGUGUGUUGGAUCUUGGAUGAAAGAUAGCACAAAUGGGUCAAGAAGAUGGAACCCAAAAAUUCAAUAGAAUUGGUGGUGGUAGAAGAGGUGUUGGUAGACCUUCCAAAGGGCCAAAGCCAAAAAAGGUGCCACAGAGAGGACUUGGUGUGGCACAGCUUGAAAAACUUAGGCUGGAAGAAGAGAAAACGAAUGCAGCAAAUGCAAUUUCAUCAUCACCAACCAAUUCCCCUUAUGAUUUUCAUCUUCAAAUUCCAAAUCUUCUGCGCUCCAAUCAACCAUCUUCUCCAAAUUCACUGCCUUCUAGCACUGUUUCAUUGGUAAACACUAGUGGUGGUGGCCCACAUGAUCUCGAAUUUGAGAAGAACAACUUUGGGUUGGACUCUGGAUUGGCUUUAGCAAAAGUUUUGCCUUGUGAUUCCAAUCCCAUUAGGCCCUUCCCCAAUUGGGUGCAGAGAUCACAACAACAAUAUCAACAACAUCAUCCUCCUUCUUCAAUGGUGAGUGUUUCCUCAGAGACUUCUUCAACAACUUUGCCUCAUUCCUCAACAGAGCCCCCUUCAAACCAAAACUAUAGUUUAAGCUAUGUUUCUAAGAGGCAGGAAGAGAAGAUGAAAGGAGUUAAAAGGCCAAACCCCUUUUCCUUGGAUAUUCCACCUGUGUCCUAUUCCGAUUUUAAACUUCUCACUUCCGCUGCUCCUUUGAAAGCAAGUGAAACAAUUUCAUGUGGCAGUGGAAGAGAAUUCAACUUGGAUUUUGGCAAUUCAACUUUAAGGGAAGUUCUUUCCCCUUCUGCAUCCAACUCAAAGCUGAUCUUAAAGAAGAGCAAAAAAGAGAAUAACAAUUUUGGUGGAGAUUUUCUUAGGCUGGCUCCUCCUACUCCAUGCUUAAAUUCCAAGUUGAAGUCUCCUUCAACUUCCUUAGCAUUUCUCCCACAGGGAAAUAUGGUUGAUCAAGUCCCUUCCCCAUCAGGGUAUAAUCAACAACAGCAACAAUGGUACAAUUUCCUCCCUCCAGCAGCAAAGGUGGUACAAAUUGGACAAGAAUCAGACAGGUUUCAGGAUUGUAAUGCAGUGGGAGAAACUAUUGAUCUCAAUUUGAAGCUGUGAACAUCUUUGAUUAAUUUUUAUAAGUAGCUAGGUAGGAACUGUCUCUUAAGGAUUAGGCAUACUGGAGUAGGAAAGAUUAGAUGCUGAUUAAUUUCUUUGUUUAAUGACUGUGUUUUGAUUAGGCCUAAUUUUGGUGGGAUUGCUUCCUUUGGGAAUAGAAAUCUGAAUUGUUAGUUUCGCAAG